AUGGAUCUAAGCUGGAUACAAGGAACGCGUUUCACACCACCAUACAUGAAAGGUGUUGAUGAGUUUAUGGGUUUUGUUCACCAAAAUUUUAGGGAAAACCAGGACAUACUGUGCCCAUGCAAAGACUGUCUGAAUGUGGAACACCGCAGCCAGGCUGAAGUAGAGGAGCACAUACAAUGCAAUGGUAUGUCUGUUACAUAUACAAGGUGGGUCUUUCAUGGUGAAGCGGUCAGUGAUGAUGAAGGUGAUAAUACAGAGGGUGCUGCAUAUCAAUCAGAUGAUGAUGAUGAUGACUGUGAUGUAGGCAACGGAGGUGAUGUUGCGUAUAUGGUAGAUGAUAUGUUCAUGUCUGGAAGGCAAGGCAAGGGUAAGCCUAACCUCUUUUCCAAGCUAAUGGAGGAGGCGAAGAAAGAUCUUUAUGAAGGAUGUAGUGAUUUCACACGGCUGUCGUUCAUUAUUAAGCUCCUCCAUAUCAAAUCAUACAACCGAAUUACAAAUAGAGCAUUUAAUCAGUUUGUUGAGUUGAUUAGUGCGACGUUUCCACAUGCUGAUAUACCUAAAUCAUACACUGAAGCUAAGAAUGUUCUUAGUGAAGUCGGGCUGGGUUACGAGACAAUUCAUGUUUGCAAGUUUGAUUGUGCAUUGUUUUGGGGCGAACAUGCCAACAAGAGCCAUUGUCCUGAAUGCGAGACUUCAAGAUGGAAAGUUGAGAAGGGAAGGAAAAAGAUACCUCACAAGGUACUUAGGUACUUUCCUAUCAUCCCAAGGCUUCAAAGAAUUUCUGUGUCAAAGGAACAAUCAGCAGAUGCAAGGUGGCAUAAGGAGAAGAGGGUUGCUGAGGCAAAUGUUAUGAGACACCCUGCUGGUGGUGAAGCAUAG